CGCGUAUUUAUGCACUUAAAGACGUAAAAAUGCAAUUAUCAUCCGAAUGUUUUAGUGCUCUAAAAGCUAAAGAUUUCUGGCGGAGAACGGACAGACCUUCACUUCAAAAAUUUAUAGAGUUUCGAUUCCAAGAAGGUGGCGUAGAAGAUAAAGGAACUGAAUACAGUCAAUAUAAAAGUGAUUUAUAUGUUAUCAAGAAUCAUUAUUCUGAAACUACUGAAGUUGGGGAACAAGUUGAUAAAAAAUCACGGUUUAUAAACGUUUUAUGGGAUUUACAAAUGGAAAGACAAGUCAUUCAAGAUAAAACACAGUUGCAACAAAACGAAUUGAAUAACCAAAUUAACCUUGAACGUGUUAGUAAUGCUUAUUUGGAUAUCAGAAAUCAAGAUCAUCUACUGCGAAAAAUAACUACAAAACAGAUUGAAGGCCUAGCUGAAUAUGUAACUGGACAAAAGCGAUCUUGCGAAGAAGAGUCGUCUUCUGUACCACCUAGCAAAGUUAGAACUAUCAGUACAGAAAUGGAGUCAACCCAUAAUGAUUUAAUAUUCGAAGGCGAAUCACCUGUUCCUCUCACGAAUGUAUCUUUUGAUAGUUGCUUAGAAUCAUGUGUACACGAUCAGGAGGAGACAGAAGAAAUUCUGUCGACGAUUAUAAAUGAGAAUGAAGACAUCGUUUAUAGCACAAACAAAAUUCCACUUACGAAUGAUUCUUCUGGAAUUUUUGCACAAACAUCAUUCUCAUUUGAUCAGGAACCAGAUGCGGAGACGACACCACCAGUAAUUAUAAAUGAGGAUGGGGACGUCGUUACUAACAAACGAAUGAUGUGUGAAGCGUAUCUAAAAAUACGUCAAGAGAUUCACAACCUUCCUUCACAGAAAGACGUAGAGUGGCGUGCAUCAGUACGUCAACCAAAACAAUUAGUCCCGCCCUUUUUUGGAGAAAUGAUGGAUGAAUAUGAAAGGGAAAUAAAUGACAUAGAUGAGCUUAGAUCAAAAUUUUAUAAUAUGUGGGGAAGAUAUUAUGAUAGAGUUAUCUAUUCAGAUAAUGAAAGAUGUUUAUUUGAAGCAACUCAAGUCGUUGCACAUUCAUUGAUGCAUAUGUAUCCAGAUUCAAAAAAAAGAAACGAGGAUACUGUAGUUCAUGAUUACAUACAUGAUAUCUUUAAAGAAAUAUUCUGUGAUCCAGAUUAUGAUAUCAUUUGGGCAAAUAUUGAAAGUUUGUCUUCAAAAAGUCACUGUACUACUUAUGGACGCAGCCAAGGUAGAAGACCCGAUGUAACUUUGUAUCGAAUUAUGGAAAACGAUAAUCUCGAAGGAGGCAUCAAUAACAUAAUUUCCUUACGUGGAAAUGAGUUGGAAGUAAAGUCUUUUUGUGGACAUAUUUGUAGAGGAUAUAUUUAUUUUGAAAUGAUGGACUUGGAAUAUGAUGGUAUUUACUGUUAUUUUCAGCUCUCUGAGAUAAAGCUUGCUCAGAAGCUCUCUGAGUUUAAUCUU